CGCCCCUCUUGCCCGUCCUCGCCUCUGCCCGUGCCCUAAGGCCCUCGCGGUGAUCCUCCGCUGCUAUGGCGCGGCUGCCGCUGCCGCCAACUCCACCAUCUAUCACCCUCGUCAAGAAAGAGCCCGACGCCGACACCAAAGCCGCCGCCGCCGCUCGCACGCCCCACCCGCUUACCCACAGGAAGCCCCGCCGGGACCGCCUUCCCCUUCCCGGAACCCCAAUUCAGCCGUUUCUCACGCCCCAAACUAUCCCAUCUGCCACUUCAACACCCGAUUCCUUCACCAUCAGGCGAUGCAGGGAGCUGGGCCUGACGCCGGAGACCCUACCCACCUCCAUAAAGCGCGAGCCUGACGCCGACGGCAAGGACGCAGGAGGGAAAACAUUUGGCACGCCACCACCCAAGAAGCGCCGCCGCCACUGCCUGUCGGCAACCCCGAGCCAGCCCCUCUUCACGCCCGGAAUCACCCAGCCGGACAAUUCAAGGGCAGAUUCCUCGGCAGACAAGUGGUGGAGCGAGCAGCCCGGCCCAACGCCGAUGACCGCAAAUGCCUCCGUCAAGCGUGAGCCCGGCACAGACGCUGGCAAGGCCGCGGGAGGGAAAUUGGUUGAGAGACGGCGCCCCUACCCCCACGCAAGGCCCACGGCAGCUCAAACCCCCACAAUGUGGCUCAACCGCGGCCGCCUUGGCCGUCUCCUCCACAACCUAACUCGCACGCACCGCUGGCGUGACGCCGCCGGGGUCUUCUCUGCGCUCCUACCUGCCUUCCAGCACCCUGACUCCUCUGAGGAGGCCCACAGCAUUUUCGUCGCUGCGAUGGAUAUCCAUAGGAAGCUCGAGGAGGACAGCGGCAAGAGGCGCUAUUACCUCAGGACCGAGAAGAUCUUCAAUGUGUGGUUACCGCGGCUAGCUUGGUUGCCCACUUCUGCAAAAAAACACUUGGUUAAACUCGAACGGGCACUAUUUUAUCUUUCACAAGAGAAAAUCGAUGAUGCAUACAAUUCAACAAGAGCACUUAUUGGUAAGGAUGGACUACAGAUGGAACCAACUCUAAAUCUGAUACAUGGCUUGAUAUCAUAUGAUAAAUGGUACUCUGGCUUGCCCAAGGAUAUGCAACUUGAGGAAUUAGAUGUUUACAAUGAAGCAUGCACAACUUCUGAGGCAUCUAAUGGCCAUGAAGAAAGUGGUCUUCAGGAUAGCUCAAAUGACAGCAUUGAUGUUGAUGAUGCCAGUUUUCGUCCUUGCUCUUCAGAAAGUUCUAUCAAUAAUGGGAACAUAGACAAAGAGCAGAAGGUCUACAAGAAAUAUUUCCCUGUUUAUUCUGUGAAGGAAAAUGAUUCAGUUGGUUCAGACGUGAAAGAAGUGGGCUGUACAGAUUUUCGAAGCGUAUUUUUUAGCACCUCCGAUAGCCCUACCUGUGGAUUGGAGAAAAGCUUGUUGCCGUUACGUCUGAGGCGUGCUGCCGGGACUUCAAAUGAUAGCUUUGAUUCAUACUGGAAGUACAAGUCAACACCUAAUCACUUCUAUGUGGAUGCAGAAAGAUGUCUAAGAGUGGCUCUUCAUUCAUCGCCACCAGUAAUGGCAGCCUUAGUACCAUUAAUACAGAUUCUCCUGCUUGGUGAUAAACUGAAAGAGGCUCUUUGUGAACUUGAGAAGGUCUGCCACAGUUCAACCACAGCGCUUCCUUUCAGAUUGCGAGGUAGACUGGUAGAGUAUUUUGACCAAAACCAAGUAUCAACAAUUUCUUGUUGUUAUGAGGAAGCUUUGCGGAGAGAUCCUACAUGCAGCUACUCAGUUAAGAAGCUAAUUGAAAUGCACAGAAAAGGAUGUUAUAAUACGGUCCGGCUACUUGAGUCAAUAGCUUUACAUCUAGAUUCUGUGAAUGGGACGCCUUUUAUCUGGGAGGAGCUUGUAUCAUGCUUCCUUCGGCUUUUUUCUGAUCGUACUACGGAAAACGAGGAUUGUUUUUCAUGUAAUGUUGAAGGAGAUGCAGAAAUCAAUGCUUCAAGUAGUCUUUCUUCGGUCUUCUGUGAGCAACAUAAAAGAGAAUCAUGGAAGCUCCGAUGCAAAUGGUGGAUGAACCAUCAUUUCAGCCAAAACAACUAUAUGUCAGAAACCGAGGAAGGUGACUGCAAGCUCCUCGCUUGCAAGGCAGCCUGCGCUUCUCACCUGUUUGGGCCGAGGUUCCAGUAUGUCAAAGCAGUUGAGGGCUAUCUUUCCAAGCAAGAUAUGGACGAAUUUGGAUUUUUGUCGAGGAACAUGGAGAAUUCUGUUAAAUUAUUACAGAGUUUGGAGAAACUACGUAAUGACUCCGGUUUAGUUUAAUAUGCCCUUUUUUUGUUGCAUAGUAUACUUUAUGCUGUUGUUGUAACUUGUAGGUACAAUUAUGACAUGAUACCUUUAGAUCCCCCGAAUAUGAGGUUCGUUUUUUGUAGAGUGGGGAAAUCGAGAGCAAUAUAUUGUUAAUCUGGCGGUGGUGAGCCGUAAAA